AUGAACAGCUUGGUGUCGUUCUCGCAGCUGCAGAAGCAGAUCAUCGACCUUGCUGCCACCCACUUCAAACACCUCCCAGUGCGCCCACCUCACGAGGACCUGGCCCAGGUGCCGCACAACCUGCCGUCGUUUUUGGGUGAUACUCCAGCCUCCAGACAAGUCCGUGCUGCGUACAUAGUGCACACGGUUUCAAAACUGAUCACGUACCGUGUCUUUGGACCCUUCCUCUUCAGCCUAGGCCGGCGUUACGACAAGGCUGAUUCCCUGUUUUUGUCUAUGAGCAAUCACAUCCGCGACAAGAGCACUCGCAAAGAGGCUAUUUGGCGCCAGCAGACACUCCUUGCUGCGUUCACGAGCAGUGGUGCCAAGCAACGGAUCAACACUGCUGCCGGCACGGUUGUGGAAGAGAUUGUGAAUGCGAUCAAGCACUUCGCCGAUCCCAAGGAAGAAGAAGGUAUCAAGAUUGCGGUGAAGAGGAUCGUCAAGCUGGCUGCUGAGACAUGGCGCUUUGCCCGUCUUGAGCGCGAGAUGAUCACUGCUACGAUGCCGGCUCUGUACGAUGGAGAGCACCAGUUCACUGGCGCAGAGUACUGGCCUGCGUACGAGAGUACUUACAAGCCUGAUGGCACGUUGAUAGGUUCUUUGGCCGAUCCCACACACCCAUCCGAGAUGCAGCCCACACUACUCUUGAGGCUUUUUCCGGUCAUCUACCGCGAAGCGAAACACGAGAACUUUCACGCAAACGGCGAGAAGAACGAUGAAGGUUGCAUCUACCAUCACGGAAUGGCUCUGUACGACGAUGCAGAGCCAGUAGUCACACGGGCGGAGGAGCUCAAAUCAGCCGGUUUGCCAUCCUCCACCACUGCUUCUCCGACGAAUGCUGAAUUUGGCAAGUUUCCGCCGCCUAUGGUUCCUCCGCCCAGAAACCCCCUUCCACCUACGCCGGCUAUGUCUGAGAAGACGACAUCGAUACGAACCAAAUCACCACCACCGUCUCCCGUCGAAGGCGUUGACAAGUCCCCGAGGAGACGAAGGACGCCGCCCCCACCUCCCUCGUCGAUUGCUGCGCUCAACGAGCCUACGUCCCGGCCUGUACGUGCAUAUCAGCGCCCUCCACCGGGACCUAUUGAUUUUGCGACCCCACGCAACAUCAUUGGUAUGCCGCCUCCUGUCGAGAGCAUCUUCACACAUGCUCCCUCAAAGGUUUCAAAGGCUCCACCUGAGUCGGUCUUCGUGGAGACAGGGCGCUUGCUCGCAGAGACUGCCCCUAUCGCUGAAUCAGUGGAAGAGUUGCCUGAGCCAACACCACAAGACAGCGAGACUCUGCCUGUGUUCUUAGAGCAUGAGCCUCCCACACCUCCGCACUCUCGUUCCAGUACACCGCCACAACCUGCCUCUCCACUGUUCGAGGCAUUCGACGAGAUCGAAUCACUACAGUCCCAUCGCACCCAGCCAUCUUUGAGGCGCCGUCGCUCUACACGCACCCGUAAUACCGAAGACGAGUUUCCUGACAUCACACCACGCCCAGAAACGCUGCGACGGACCAGUGGCUAUGCGCUUAGCAGUCGAACCCUGAAGAGCGAGCGCAGCGAGCGGACCGAACGAUCAGGGAAGUCCGAGCGCACAGAACGCUCCGAGAAACCUGACCUCAAGACCCGCUACAUGUGCGAGAGCCGGAGUGCUGGAGUGAAAGCGCUGUACCCCAACAGCCCGAUGUCGAUGCAAAACGGCAAGGCUUUCAAGGAGGCAAUGCAGACCUCCAGAAGCUCAAAGGACUCGAUGCGUGCUGACAGCCACAAGAAAUGGCUGAAAGAGCAACGAAAGCAAAGUCCAGAGAAGCAUGGCAGGCCUGAAAGAUCUGAAAGAUCGGAGAGGUCUGAGAAGUCCGAGCGAUCCGAACGACCCGAGAGACCUGAGAGAAGCUCGAGAGAGCUGCGACGUGAGAAGAGUACGAAGAGUGUCGCCGAAACCAUCCCCGACAACGGGACUUGGGAUACCAACUCUACACUCUCGAGUCUUGAGACGAACACACAGUUCUCUGUCAACGAGCACUGA